GAAAUGUAUACUAGCAACAUUUAUAUUUUCGCCGAUCUAAUUGGUACCUAUCAUAUAAAUUGUUAUCUACCGAUAUUUCUUAGAUCAAAGUGGUCAAAAGGAAACAAACGAUCGAACAAAAUAAGCUAAAUGUGUCAGUGAAUUGCGCAAUAAGCUCCAAAACUGCCGGACAAAGUUCGAAUUCUAUUUUUUGUGAUAUAAUAUCACCGAUAAAGACGUCAACAACAACAGAGGUGUUAGGUCAAUGACAAGCAUUGCUGUGUGUUUGUAGACGAAGGAGUACUGUGAGAACGUGUUAAAUCGUGGAAGAAACAGCAGAGAGCACGAUGCAUGAUGUUGGAGGGUCUGGUGGCAUGGGUUCUGAACAACUAUCUGGGGAAGUACGUGGAGAACCUGAACACGGAUCAGCUGAGCGUAGCUCUCCUGUCAGGGAAAGUGGAGCUAGAGAAUCUCCCCCUGAAGAAAGACGCUCUCCGUCACCUGGGCCUUCCAGUCGAGGUCAAGGCGGGCUUCAUCGGGAAAGUCCAACUCCAAGUACCAGUGCGGCAGAUCAGGUCGGCGCCGUGGCUCAUCGCCAUCGAGAAGCUAUAUUUAGUUUCCGCACCGGUCAAUUUGGAUGAGUGGGACUGUUCCGUAGAAGCGUCGAUAGCGCACGAGCGCAAGACGGCGCUUCUAGACGCCCUAGAGGCGCAAUGGCGGGCGGAGCACGAGGCAACCGACGCGGGGUACUACGCCACAUCGUAUUCGUCAUGGCUCAGUUACGGCACUGGGUUACUCGCCAACAUAGUGGAGAACCUACAGCUGAAGCUCAACGACGUCCACAUACGUUACGAAGACGCGGUGACGUGCGACCGGCCCUUCGCGUGCGGCCUCACAGUGGAGUCCCUGUGCGCGGAGUCGUGCGACAGCGAGUGGCGGCGCGGCUUCACACUGCUCAGCGACCCCGAGGGGUGCUCCUUCAAGCUGCUCGAACUACACAACCUAGCCAUCUACUGGGACCCCAUGCCCGUGCCCAACGGAAUGUUCGCCGACUGCACGAUAACGGAGCUGACGACGCGCAUGAGCGAGACGUGGUGCGCCUGGCACCGCUACCUGCUGCGGCCGGCGUCAGCGCGCGCGCGCGUGCGCCGCGAGCGCACCGAGCAGCCGCUACGUUCGCGCGCUCGACCACGCCUGGCCGCACACCUCACACUCGACACCGUCACGCUCAAUCUUACUUCUCGCCAAUACAACGAGGUAGUGGGCUGCGCGGCCGGGCUCGAGCGUCUCGCCCGCGUGCGCGAGUUCCGCGCGCGUCGACCAGCCGCUCCGGUGAAAGGCCACGCACGCGAGUGGUGGCUAUACGCGCUUUCUUGCCACGUGCCAGACCACCCGUGGACCGAGCCGAAGCCGACGUGGACGUCGUGCCUGGACCGAGCUCGGCAGAUGCGCCAGUACGUGGACAGCUGCCUGGUGACUCUGAGCAAUCCGGCAGCCACUCUACCCGCUGACCGGAAAGCUGCUAAGGAUGAGUUCGAGUGGCGGAUGCCUUUGCAUCUGCUUAAAGCGUUGAGAGAGAUUGCAAUGCGCAAAGUUCCAAAAUCUACACCAGUAUCAACUCCAGAUAAACCAGGUAGCUCUGGGCGCAGCAUGCUCGUACAUUGGUUCCCGCAGUGGUGGGGCUGGUACGGUGCUAGUUCACAAGACUCCACCGCGACCACGCCCUCACCCGCGCCCACGCCCGCCCCUACCACGCCCCACUCUCCGGCUGACUUAGAAGAAGAGAUCCUAGACGUGAUCGCAGACUCUUUGGAUAACAAUACAAUGUUGAAGCGGGAUACAGUAUUCGGGAAGUUUGAAUUCAUAUUAAAUAAGGGUUCAUUGAAUUUGUGUAUGGAUAGCGAAGCGGAGAGUAAUAACGAGGCGAGGGCUGCGGGCGGGGCGGGCGGGGCGGGCGGGGAGGGCGCGGCGGGCGAGGCGCGCGGCGCGGAGCUGGCGUUCUCGUGCGUGCGCGUGGGCAUCGAGUCGCGGCCGCGCGCCGCCUCGCACGCGCUGCACGUGUCGCUGGGCUCCGUGUGUCUGCGCGAGCGCAUCACGCCCAACACGCUGUUCCCCAUACUCAUUGCGCCGCAGGGUGUAAUCCGCGAAGGCCUGAGUGCACUGAGCGCGUCGGGCGCCGCGAUGUCGUGGUGUCGCUCGCACUCGCAGGGCGGCACUCAUACUGCGCAUGCGCAACACGAACCGCUCUUCCAGCUUACAUACGAAAAGAAACCUUUCGGCAUGAAUUGUGAUUACAAGCUGUGGGUGAAGUCCGCGUCGCUGGAGGUGGUGUACAACGCGGAGGUGGUCCGCUGGGCCCAGCAGUGGGUGUGCGCGCCCUGGUCGCACGCCUACGCGACCAUGCGCGACCAGACGCGCGCGCGCCUCAUCACGCAGUGGGAGCACAUCGUGCACGCGCACACGCACCCGGGUGAGCGUCGUACGUGGCAAGUGGAGCUGGACAUCUCGGCCCCUCAGAUCCUGUUCGUGGAGCAGCUAUGCUCGCGCGACUCCGCCGUGCUCGUGGUGGACUUCGGUCGGCUGCGACUCGCCAACGCGAACCUCGCCGAGUGCGUCGUGCAUACGCCAUCUGCUGAAGAUGAAGAAAUGUUCAUGACCCCGUGCUCGACGCCGCCGGGCAGCCUGCUGUCGCCGGGCUCCCCGCCGGGGUCGCCGCCGGGGCCGCGCGCGCCCGGCCCGCCGCCCGGCCUGGACGCCACCAACCUGCACAACCGCCUCUACGACAGAUACAAGAUAGAGCUCAGCGACCUGCAGAUCCUCGUGGGCCGAGCUCGCGACAACUGGAAGUACGCGCACACCAAGAGCACGUCCUCGCUGCACCUGCUGGAUAGGUUCAGCAUUCUUCUUCAGGCGGAGCGGCGCGUGGUCCACACGUCGGACCCGCAGUACCCGUCGGCCACGCUGUGCGGCUCGCUGCCGGCGCUGGUGGUGCACCUGAGCGAGCAGAAGCUGUUCGCCGUGCGCGCCGUGCUGGCCAACGCCGCGCCGCGCAGCGCGCACAACGGUCAGUCGCAGAGCCCCAUGUACUCGGCGGCGGACGACGCGGAGGAGAACAGCGUCAGCUCAGAGACGGAGCGGUCCGAGUUCUCUCAACACCAUAACUCUACGCUCUUCAUGCUACAAUUUGCUAUUGAACAGAUGUCGCUAGAGGUGCAGUCGAUGGGUCGCAGCAUCGCGGAGGUGCAGGUGUGCGGCGUGAAGGCGGCGGCCACCGGGCGCCCGCGCGAGCUGUCGCUGUCGCUGUCCGUGCACUCGCUGCUGCUGGUGGACGCGCUGCAGACCUACGGCCCGGACUUCGAGCUGCUCGUGGCCAGCCACAAGCACGUCGGCAUGGACACUGCGUCGGGCAGCAUCCGCGGCUCGGAGCCGACGUCGCCCACGUCGCCCACGUCGCCGGCGGGCGCGGGCUCGCCGGACGCGCGCGCGGCGCCCGCGCUGGCGCACCCGCACGCGCUGCACCAGGCGCUCAACUCGCUGCACUACUGCAACAACAAUCCUUCGGAAGCAGACCGUAUGAGUCCGGCCCCCAGCUGGGUGUCGGGCACGGGGUUCAACUGGAACGGCAGCGGCAUGUUCGGCGCGGGCUGGGGCUCGGACUGGGGCGCGGAGUGGGGCGCGGGCUGGGGCGCGGGGCUGGGCGCCGCGCCCCACGCCUACACCGCCUGGGGCGCCGCCGGGCUCGUCGACUCCGAGGCGCUCAUCGCCGUCGAGCUGUGCCUCGUCAAGGGGGAGGGAGACUCCGAAGAUCUUAGGAUCGCUAACAUACUGUUCAAUAAUCUUGAUAUCAUUGCAAACCAAGAGACUAUUGUGGAACUGAUCGGGUUCACUCAACGUGUUAUGGGUCCAAAAACAGCAACUAAGAAACCACCCAGUGAUGUAGACUUGACUGAACAAGCUACCGCCUCUACUUACUCAUAUCCUCUUCCUGAAGACGAACCAAAGAAGGAAGUACGUACAGAGAUAACGUUCGACUUCCACCGUCUCGGCGUGCUACUGCUGCGCGCCGCCGUGCACGAGGGCACCGUGGUCGCGCGCAAGAUAGCCACCGCCACCAUCAGCGAGGCCAAGAUACAGGCCACCGUCGACUCGUGCGUGGUGGAGGUGCGCGGGUCGCUGGGCGGCGUGCAGGUGGGGUCGCUGUGCGAGGGCGGCGGCCUGCACGCGCGCGUGCUGCGGGCCGGCCGCGCCGCCGCGCCGCCCGAGCCCGCGCCCGCGCACGACGACGACAAGGCGCUGCUGUUCUCCAUCCACCGGCGCCUGGACGCGCACGAGGCCGACGCGCCCGUCGUGCAGGCGGCCGUGAGCCUGCACGUGGCCAGCGUCUGGUACACGCACUCGGGCCCGCUGCUGCGCGAGCUGCGCUCCUGCCUCACCGAGUUCAAGCAGUACCUCGCCAACCUGGCGCGCUCCAUCCGCGCCGCCGCCGCCGACAUGGCCAUCGGACUCGUGCAUCCAAGAGGUGAAUCGUUAUACGCAAACCCGAAAUUAUCACAAUCAAUGGAAGGAGUAUCUCCACGGCGUCGAACCGUCAGUAUGGGAGCCUCGCUGGACGAGCCCCCAUCUCUAAAGUCCGACAACAUCGUGCUCAGCGUGAACAUAGAGUUGGAGUCCCCGGUGGUGGUGGUCCCUCGCCACGCGCACAGCACGCAGGUGUUCGUGGCGCACCUGGGCCGCAUGAGCCUCGCCAACCGCCCCGGCCCGCCGCAUCACACGCUCUACAAAGUGCGCGUCAGGGACAUCUCACUCGCUUCCGUGGAUGUAGCUGAAAAAUUAAAACUACACCAACUCACCGCGGAAAACAUGCAGGACAUCUACGAUGUUUCUGCUGGUAAACCGGUGCUCCACAACACUGCGCUACAAUUCACUGUUAACUACUGUGACACUGAGGCCGAUACUGAAGCCGACUACCAGUGCGAGGUGCGCGGCAAGAUAGUGGGCGGGCUGCACGUGUCUGCGCGGCGCGAGCAGUACGAGCAGCUGCUGGAGACGCUGCGCUGGAUCUCCAGCGACGCGCCCGCCGAGCACGCGCAGCACGCCGCGCAGCCGCCCGCGCAGCACGCGCAGGGCGGCGGCGGCUCGCUGCUGGAGGGCGCGGUGCCCACGCUGCGGCUGGACCCGGCCGUGCGCGCCGCCGUGCUGGCCGUGGCGCCGCCCGCGCGCGCGCCGCGCACGCAGCACGCGCACGCGCUCACCGUGAACUUCGAGCUACCCACAUUUAGUGUGGAAUUGCGCGCAGAUCUAGGAGAGGGAGAGCGCAGCCUCGUCGAACUGUCUUUCAGAGAGUUUAAACUUCACUAUGAAAAGACCCGACCUUACGAAAACAUGCUACAGGUGUCGCUCCAUUCCAUAACUAUGGAGGACCUCACGAAGGAGCCGGAGUCGAAGCACCGCAUGCUGAUGGUGUCGCACACGCCGCAGAUGCCGCCCAAGGCCGUGUUCGUGUCCAAGUCCUGCCCCGACUUCGUCACGGAGUAUGCCGACGACAUGUCUAGCGUCAGCUCCUUGCAGUACAUGAAGUGUUGCUCCUGCUCGCUGCCGAGCCAACUCAAUGUGGCUGCAAAAGAGAGCAAGGAGCGUCGCAGCAAGCGCGACAGCAAGUGCGGCGUGACCCCGCCCUGCUCGCCCGAGGUGGGGCGGGAGGCGGAGCCCGCGGCCGCGCCCGCCGGGCCCGACGACAACCUGGUGUGGCUGUCCGUGCACACGCGCGACCCGCAGCACCCGCACUUCCACGACACCUACGAGGGGAUAUCAAAGCUGACGAAGAUAGACUUCAACUGCUUGAACCUGGUAGUGAGUAUCGACAGCUGGGUGGCGGUGCUCGAUUUCUUUGGGAUCGCCGGUGAUGAUGUUCCGGAUAGUGACCACGGGCCGGAGCCGCAACAGACUGCGGCGGCGGCGGCGCGCUCGGCAGGCGGCGUGACGCAGACGGAGCUGCGCGUGCGCUCGCUGUCGCUGCUGGUGGUGGCGGGGCGCGGCGAGGCGUGUCGCGCGCUGGUGUCGCGCGCGCGCACCGUGGCGCGGGCCGACGCGCGCGCGCACACGCGCCACAUCGAGGGCCGCCUCGGCGCCAUCGCGCUCACCGACCUCACGCCGCACUCCGCGCUCUGGCGGGACCGCUUCCGCACGCACGCCGACCACGCGCUCGUCUUCACCUACCAGAGGUUAAGCAGUGCAGAAGCAGCAUCGGCCGGCCAUGAGACCAGUUUGAGUAUUGAGAUGGGUCCAGUUACAUACGUGCACACGAAGCGGUUCGUUCAGGAGUUGCAAGCAUUUGCCAGAGACUUCAGCCUUCUACGGCGAGUUAUCAUGCAAGCUAGGUUGAAGGUGUCAGUAGUAGCGGGCGUAACUGGUGAAGGCACCCGCGCGUCCCGCAUGAAGCUGCGCCUGCGCUGCACGGCGCCGGUCAUCGUGCUGCCCGUGUCGGGCCGCGCGCGCAACGCUCUCGCUGCCCAUCUAGAUCACCUGACUGUUGAUAAUACCUUCAAGUAUGCUGGCGAUGAAGGCACCGUCAGCACUAUGACUGAUCCUAAUUGUCCGAGCCGCGAGCUGCUGGACGUGCGCGUGGUGACGCUGUCGGGCGUGGCGCUGUGGUGCGCGCGCGGCGGGCGCGGGCUGCGCGUGCGCCGCCUGGGCGCGCCGCUGCUGCACGCGCCCGCCUCGCUGCUGCUGCACAUCGAGCACAACAUGGACCACACGCACAACGUUCCGGACAUGACGAUCCAGGGCUCGCUGACGACGCUGCAGUGCGCGCUGGACCCGUCGCAGUACCGGCUGGUGCGCGGCGUGCUGGCACACAACCUGGCCGAGUGCGUGGACGACCUGCUGCCCAGGGACCUGCCGCCCAUGUACCCCCACCACCAGCACCAACCAGUGUGGACCACAAGUUCCCUGAAGCUGGACCUGCACGACGUGACGGUGAAGCUGGAGCCGGAGCACGGCGUCUCGUCGUUCGCGUGCAUCAACUUCAUCAAGUCCCGGCUCGUGGUGGAGACCUACUCCGACCUCAGCCAGGAUAUCGAUCUCGUAUCACAGGAGAUCCUAGUGAGUGACACUCGAUUUGCUAAGGAGCCCGCAAACCGCCGCGGUAACGUGUUCAGCCACAUCGUGCAGCCCAUGCCCGAACAGCGACAUAGCGUGCAAGCUGAAGUGCAUGCCAGGAAGCGUCGUGACUCGUCCGCCUACACGAUCCUAGUGAACAACAUGCGCCUGAUGGCGGUGCUGGACUGGUGGGAGUGCGCCAACCAGUUCAUCAUGCAGCCGCCGCCACCUCCCGCAGACCCGGACCAGGCGCACCUUGAGGAGCAGCUAUGCGCCGCCCGCAGUGCAGCCAGCCCGCUGCCGAUAUACUCGCAGGAAGAGCCGCAGAUGGAGCUCAAGCUGAACAUCACUGACUCUCAGUUGGUGUUAGUCGAGGACCCCUCUGUGUGGGACACCAAUGCCGUUAUACUCAGGAGUACGACGGUGAUAACGUACCGCUGCGCAGACGCACAGAAGCCGGUGUCGUGCGAGCUGAACGAGCUGGAGGUGUUCUCGUGCGUGCUCGGGCUGGAGGAGGAGACCGCGCUGUCCAUCGUGGAGCCCGCCGCCGUGCAUGUGGCCAUCGACGCCGACAGGGUGCUACAUGUGGCGAUGAGUACGCUCAACUUACGACUUUCGUAUCAUGACAUGAGAAUGUUUGCGUCGAUGCUGCAGUCCUUACCGGUGCAGGCGAGAGCGGCGCUAUCAGGAAAAUCUUUGGUAUCUGAUGCGGAAGAGGACGCGCCGGCGAACAGCGUGCACAUGCGCGCGGACACCAGCAGCAGCAGCAACAGCACCGCGGCGGGCGGCGGCGGCGGCUGGAUGUACCGGCCGCGCUGGCUGCGCACCCAGCCGCCGCAGCCGCCGCCGCAGCCCAAGCCCAACACCAACAUCUUCCCGCUCAAGGCCGUGCAGGUGGCGGCGGACUGCAUCACACUGUGCGUCAUCGACGACUGCUUGGACUCUGAUGUGCCCCUACUAGAGGUCUCCCUCACUGAGUUACAAGUUGAACAGGAUCUGCGGAAGGUGGAGGACUCGUUCGAGGACCCGAUGCUGGUGUCGACCCCGGCGGGCGCCAGCUCGGGCGCGGCGGCGGCGGGCGCGGGCGGCGGCCGCCUGGCGGCGCUGCUUACCAUCGACUAUUACAACCGCACGCUGUCCGGCUGGGAGCCCGUCGUGGAACCGUGGAGGUUUGAAACAUCUUGGGAGUACACACUGACGAGUGAGCUGUCUCUGGGACGAGUCCAGAUGGAGAUCUCUUCCACGGAGGUACUGAACACCAACGUGACGUCAUCUCUCAUUGAGCUGUGGCAGCUGGUGCGUGCCAACUGGACGGCAGAUUACUACGCACCACAGUCAUCCGGCACACAGGAGCAGUCCCCGAAGGGCAGCCCGGCGGGCCACCGGCGCCGCUCGCCCUUCGUGCCCUACGCGCUGCGCAACCACACCGGACACCGCCUGUGGUUCACCACUCUCGUCACCACGUCCGACGCGCUGUGCGAGCAGGUGUCGUGGUCGGGCCCGGACGACUCGUGGCAGAUGGUGCGCGCGGGCGACACGGAGCCGUUCUCGUUCGGGGCGCGGCGGGGGCGGCGCCGCGGCCGCGCGCCCGCGCCGCCCGCCCACAGCGCCGCCCUCAACCAGCUGGCGCUGCGCCUGGACGGCUGGGAGCCGCCCGACCCCGUCUGCGUCGACCGCGUCGGCGUCUUCUUCCGGAACCUCACGCAUACCAAGUCGGGAACGGAAGCCCGCAUCGUGUUCGAGGUGUCUCUAGAAGGUUCAGCUCGCAAACUAGUGACGGUGCGCUCGGCUCUACAGCUCGUCAACAAACUGCCGCACUCUGUGGAAGUCAGAGUAGACCACGCGCCUUCUGCUGGUCACUGGAGCAGCGGCAUGGGCGGCGGCGGCGCGAGCGGCGGCGUGCGGUCGGCGCAGGUGGCGGCGGGCGCCACGUGGGCGGCCCCGCUGAGCGCCGCGCCCGCCGCGCUGUGGACGCGGCCGCUGCAGCGCGCGCCGGCGCCCGCGCAGCCCGCGCCCGCGCCCGCGCCCAUCGACUGGCGCGCCGCGCCCGGCCCGCGCGCGCUGCUGCACUACGAGUGCCGCGCGCCGCCGGACCACAUCUACAGAUUCUGCUGCGUAAUAAUCAGAGAGCGAUUCCCACCGGACCGAGGCACGCCCAUAGCUGGGCAUACUCUAACCCUAGUCCCCGCCCUUAGACUUGAGAACUUACUCCCUCUGGAGUUACAAUACCGAGCCACGCCCGCCGCGCCCGCCACUGGAGUGAUCAGUGCUUCAGGGAAUGUACCGCCCGGGGAUACCAUGCCUUUCCACGAGGUAAACGUCGAAGAAGGAGUAGAAUUGAGCGUGAAACUGGAAGGCUUCGGGUGGUCGACCGCCCUGAGCGUGUGCGGCUCUGGGGGAGCGAGCAGCAGCAGUGCAGCUGUCGGGAGCAGCGGCAAUGGAUCAUUCAGCGCCAGGUUGAAGCUCAGAGAUACACUGGGUCGGAGGCUCUACCUCAACGCCAGGGUCACCAUUAAAAAAACUGACGGGAUUAAGGUGUCGAUAUCGGCGGCAUACUGGCUGGUGAACCGCACGGGGCUGCCGCUGGUGUUCCGCGCGGAGGGCGGCGCCAGCGAGGCGGCGGGGCAGUUCGACGAGCACGAGCUGGCGCGCAUGGUGCAGCCGCUGCUGUUCUCCUUCGCCGAGGCCGACGGCGGGCCCACGCUGGCCGCGCGCCUGGGCCGCAGCCUGCCCGGCAACCCGGAGUGGUGUUCUCCAUUCGGCUUGGGCGUGGGCGUCAGCGUUAAGAAAUUGGAAGUUCGUGGCGAAGGCGAAGCGGGCGCGUGCGAGCGCGUGUACGCUGUGGGCGUGCGCGUGCGCGUCGGCCGCGGCCGCUACCGUCACACCAACAUCGUCACGUUCACUCCGCGCUACCAGCUCCACAAUAAUACCUCACACCAUUUGCAGUUUGCGCAAAAGUGUUGCGCGACUACUCUGAAUGAUCCGGGCGCUGUGGCCUGGCACGUGUCAGCUGUGUCAGGCUGCUACCUGCCGUGGCACUGGGCGCGCUGGGAGCGCGAGCAGCUGCUGUGUGUGCGCGUGCUGGCGCCCGGGCCCGCCAACAGUGCCCAGCCAACACCGCUUACGCUGUGGUCGGGCGGGUUCCGAGUCGAUUCUACGCGCACUCUGCACAUCGCUUGCAGGGAGCCAGGCGGCGGAUACCAGUUCGUCCGCGUGGAGGUGGUGUGUCAGGGCGCCACUAUGUUCGUGGUGCUGACGGACGCGGAGUGCGCGCCGCCGCCGCUGCGCAUCGACAACUACUCGCCCGUGUCCAUCAUGUUCCAUCAGGUGGGGUGCGGCGAGGAGUGCGUGGUGGGCGCGCACGGGCGCGCGCGCUGGGCGCUGCCGGAGCCCGAGGGCGCGGCGGCGCUGGCGCUGCGCGCGCCCGGCGGCCCGCGCCAGGCGCUGCCGCUGCACACGCUGCCCGCGCACCACACGCUGCUCUACCAGAACUUCAUCUACGUCGCCUUCACGCACACGCAGGCGCACGCCAGCAGGGACACCAGUGCGAAUACAGCGACGUCCAGUCCUGAUGACAACGUCCUAGUGCUCGAGGUACCACUCGGGACGACGCGCGUCGUACUCGCUAGGAAGCGGUAUGGAGACAGAUCUCAGCUCUGGCGUCGGGGUCCUAAUGACCAGUUGAUCCACGAAGGCAGCUCACCGCCGCAACCCACCGAUGUGUUACUCUCUGAUGACGCGCCACUUUCCCCACACGCUAUGGUGCUGGACAUCGAGGACGCGGCGCCGCGGCCGGGGCGCGCGUCGGCGCUGGUGCUGCGGCGGGCGGACCCGCGCCGCGCCAGCACGCAGGCCUGGCGCGUGCUGCCGCCCGGCCGCAUGGCCUGCGCGCACGCCAACCUGUGCGUGCAGCCCGACGGCCUGUCGCUCAUGGCGCUGACGCCGGGCGCGCGCGUCGUGCUGGGGCUGCCGCGCGCGCGCGCAGCCCUGGCGCCCGAGCAGGCCGUGGCCUGGCACACGCUGCGCCCAGGCUCUGGCCGCCUCGACGUCACGCUCUGCGCCGACGGGCCUACGCGCGUCGUGCGCAUCCACGACCACAAGGACCCCGAGUCGGGUUGGAUCGAGGGCUUGGAGGAGGAGGAGGCGGGGCCGGAGGCGGGCGCGCGGCGGCGCGAGUGGGGCGUGCGCGUGGCGCUGGCGGGGCUGUCGGUGUCGCUGGUGUCGCGCGCGCCGCCCGCCGAGCUGGUGCACGCGCUGCUGGACUCCGUGCUGCUGGACCUGGCGCUCAAGCCCGACCACCUCGCGCUCGCGCUCUGCGUCACGCACAUGCAGUGGGACAACCAGUUGCUGGGUACUCCGAGUCCAGUGUUGUUGUACUGCUUGCCGGACCGCAGCGGUACCAACAGCGGCGGCACUCCGCUGCCGGCACUACACGCAGCGCUUGAACUACAGAAAGCUCCAGCCAAACGGUACAACGCGUAUUUCUUCAAGCAUCUCGUAGUCGCGCUACGCCCGCUCGCCAUUCGAUUGGAAGAAAGGUUGAUCCUGCAGCUGUGGGCGUGGGCGUGGCGCGGCGAGGAGGAGAGCGCGCGCGAGCAGCCGGACGAGGCGGACUACGAGACCCGCCGCAUGCUCAGCGAGCUCACCGCGCUGCACUCCACGCGAUACUACUUCGCGCUCAUCAAGAUCAUACCCAGCCAGAUCCGGCUGUCGAUGUGUACGGCGAACAAGUUGGAGGGCUCUCUGAGCGCGCUGAAGCGUCGCUUGGGGCUAACCUUUAUCAAGUUCGAGGACGCCACGGUGGAGCUCGAACCGUUCGUACGAGCGCACGUGUUCGACACCGCCUCCUACCUCGGCAGGCAGAUGCUCGCACACUUCAAAGAUGAAUUGAAAUGGCAAGCUGCGAAGAUUCUAGGGUCUGUUGACUUCCUGGGAAACCCGCUGGGCUUCGUGGCCGACGUGUCGGAGGGAGUCUCGGGUCUGCUGCUGGAAGGAAACGUGGGCGCACUACUCAAAAACGUCACGCACGGGAUCUCUAAUUCGGCUGCUAAGGUCACAGAGUCGCUGGGCGACGGGCUGGAGCGCGUGGUGGGGGACGAGGCGCACGAGGAGACCCGGCGCCGCAUCCGCUCCGCCGCGCCCGGCGCGCACCUGGCCGCCGGCCUGCGCGGCCUCGGCCUCGGGAUACUCGGCGGCAUGACGUCACUGGUCAAGCACAGCUACGAGGGCGCCACGCAGGAGGGGCUGGGUGGGUUCCUGACGGGCGUCGGCAAGGGACUCGUAGGCACCGUCACUAAGCCCGUCAUCGGAGUGCUAGAUCUGGCUGCAGAGACUGCCUCCGCCCUCAGAGAUACUAGCCGACGAUCGGACAAGUGGGUGCCGGGACGGGUGCGCGGGCCGCGCUGCGUGGCGGGCUGCGGCGGGCUGCUGCCGCGCUACUGCGAGGCGCAGGCGGCGGGCGCGGCGCUGCUGUACGCGCUCAACCACACGGACUACUCGGAGCACUUCCUGGCCUACCGCACGGUGCGCGACACGCCGCACGACAUCCGCGCGCUGCUGUCGGACUCGUACCUGCGCAUCAUCACGUGCAAGCACGCGGCGCCGCAGGUGGUCAUGGAGACGCACCUCAGCAACCUGGUGUCGUGCCUGGCCGUGGGCGCGGCGGGCGCGCACUUCGUGGAGCUGGGCGUGCGCGGCGGCGGCGGCGAGGCCGUGCGGCGCCCGCGCGUGCAGUGCGACAGCGCCGAGCUGGCGGCCUGGCUGGCGCGACACGCCGCCGUCGCCAGGCAGCUCUACCACGAGCACGUGCACACGCUGCUGCCGCACCCGGACCUCUAGCGCCGAGCGGGCGGCUCUAGCGUGGGUUGCUUCGACCACUAGGUACAUGAUUUAUAUACGUAUAAGAGCGAAUGUGCUGACGUUUCAAUUCUUAAUAUUAUAUGGAAAUAAAUUGUUCGGGUUAAAAUAUAAAUGUCAUCACGGAAAAUUUUUAUUACGUAGUAAAUGAUCGUGAUGCCAUCUCAUAAUUAAUUUUCAACUUUUAGAUUUGACUAUAUAAAAUAUUACAGAAUAAUGUAUAAGUAUAGGAAUUUUUGAAUUCCCUCUAUUGGAAAUCAACUCAAAUAUGAAAUGAACGACGGGUUAAAUUACCGAUUACUUUAGAUAUAAUAAUCGUAUUUCACUAUUGUACUACCACUACUGUGGUACUGUAACACCCACGAUACGAGCUUACUACAGGCGACGAUACUAUAUGAAUCGUAAACUAGUUUUAUAAAUAUUAUACGUACAUGCGCAAAUAUAUCACUGUGUGUGCAGCUAUUAGUUAAGAGAAAGAUGAAAGUUCUAAAUAUCCAACAUUCUACUUGGAUCGACACCUUCCAAAACUUGUUAGACUGACGUCCUUCUGAACUAUUAAUAAUGAUAUUAUUAUGAAAAUAUCACUAAGUAUUUCUAAGUAUUACUGAAAAGACAUGGAAAGCUCAGUCAUUUUUAUUUAAUUAGUUACUCUUCUUAUCUCUCAAUCUCCUUAUGAUAUACAUACAUCCAAAUACAUUUGGGACGGGUAUGAUGUCAGCGACGCUGUCGUUGUAAUUAUAUAAGACACUAGAGCCUAACUGUUGUGUGACUGUGGUAACCAGUAACUGAAAUUGUAAGUUCUAAGUUAAGGUUAGUUGUCCUAAAUAAAUUACUAUUAUUGACUAAAAUCAACUGGAGAACAUGACACGUCACUCGUCUGACUGACGCCUGUUUUUAGACAUCUUGGCACAACCUAGUCACGCUACCUGAUCAGUAUGUUCAUUACCUGAUGCAGAGUGAUUGUCACUGUUCAAUAUGUUGCUACUAUAUCGUGUAUGAAUAUAUCAAUUUUCGUAAAAUGUAAACAUAAUUUUGUCUUGUGCCCACACUGCGUUGUGUCUGUCUAACUUAGGAUAUUCAUCGAUAUUAAAUAAUUAACUUUAAGUCAUUUAUGAUAUCAUCACAAGUCACUGCUUUUUCCCUACGAUUUUAAACAUUGUAUUGUAUUUAAUCCUAUUAAUAGUCAUAUUCAUCAAAAUCUUUUUCAUACCAUUAUACUAUAUCAGCCUAGACUUUGUCACGAACUGAGUGAGCUAUUGAAUAAACUAUAACUACGUUUGUAAUAUAAAUAAUCGCUGUUGUGAAGUGUCUGUCUUUAUAUUAUGUAUAACCGCACGAAGACAUGCACUCGUGUCAAAAUAUGUACUUUCUUGUGAUAUGUACGAGUAUGUAUGGGUAUUUGGGUAACUUUGUUUGGUAGUUAUUACGCGAGAGCUCCUUAAUGCCUUCUAGACUGUGACGUUCGGGAUCACUGGGAUCUUGACUAAAAUGAUGACAAUCGUGUGCUCUAUCAAAUAGGGUUAUGUGCUUCGCUGAACGCAUUAAGGACACUCUAAUUAUUUAAUGUAAGUCAAGAUUAAUAUAUUUUCGGUACGAAUGAAGAGAAGCCGCGGAAUCGGAAACGAUCAAAAUUAUUUUAGACUGUGAUAUAGUAGUCGGCAUACAGACCUUGUUGCAGGAACUGGCAACAUUGUCCACAUUGAUACAUUCCGUUGCGGGUUAAAUGAUGUGCUUAUUCCCUGAGUUUGCAGUGUGACACCCUUAUUAUGAAGUUUCGUAACGUAACGGCUGAGACCGCGUGUCAUAUUAUAUUAUUGUUGUCAGUUGCCUAAAUUGGUCAAGUGUCGAAGGUGACUAAAGAUGAUUAUUUUAUGUUUUGGUAAAUUAUGUUUUAUAACAUAUAUGAGUAUUACAUAAUAAUGUAAAAAUAAUUGUAUUUUUGGAUCGAUAAUGUAAAGUUACGCGAAGUCAAAUUUCUUAAAAGUUAUUUAGACGGAGUAAAUGCCGCAAGUACGUUAGUGGCCAAAUCGGUGGCCGACAAGUGUUGACUGAUUGCCAGUACAUUACUUGUUAGCUUGAUAUGACAAAAGAGAGACUUAAAUAGAAAGACAUAGAAGUAAAUCGUGAACAAAUAAUUGUCUGACGGUAGGAUGAUUCGAAGUUGAACGCUACUGUUAUUUCAUUUUAGUUACUUAAUGCGAAUUGGCUUGAAUCGAGAUGGCGGUUGUUUAUUGUGUUUGUUUGUGUUGUGGCUCAGUGACUGUUGCAUAGACAGCUACAAAUAUAGUUUAAAUAAUUAUGUAGAAGCUUAAAUAAGUUAUUUAUUUAAAACAAAGCUGGACUUUCUACUAGUUUUGUGGCCGUUUGACCAUGUUUGUGAUUGCUUGUGAAUUAUUUUAUAGGCUGACUUGUUUUGUUGACGUUACAUCAAAAAGCGUAGGUAUUUAUUUAUAAAUGAAGGCGCGCAAUUUUUACGUAGUUUCCUGGAUAACUCCAUAACCAAUAUUAAACUUAAACGGAUUUUUUGUUUUGUUUCUAUAUUUCUGCAUCAAAUUUGAUAUACACUUUAAGCUUGUUACACAAACAAUGUUCUCACGGCGCUCAUGUUGAUUACUAGAAAUCAGCUUUAAAUAGAAUACUUUAAUGAGUUUGUAGGUCUUCCUUUAUGUUAUAAAAUUUAACGAAGAUGUGACGUCACGCUUAAUUUUAGUUAGCUUAAUUAGAUAUUAACCCAACAUUACCAAAGUACGGCUUAAACAUUAAGGAAAAGGUCUGUUUGUAUUAAUUUAUUUAUUUAUUACAAGUCGGACAGUGAUAAAGGUAACAUAUAGACGAUUAUUUAUUUUAUUACCAACUGUUGUGGUUUUUAGUUUAAUGCAUAUGACUAAUAAAUGUCUUCAAAUUUA